AUGUUAAAGCAAUUUUUGAUAUGUCAAGAAGGAUGGUACGAAGGCGGAAGUAUUUUCGUCGCCGUCUUUCUCGUCGUCGUCGUCUCUGCAUUCAGCAACUUCCGACAGGAGACUCAAUUUGAUAAGUUGUCGAAAAUAAGUAACAAUAUCAAAGUUGAAGUUGUUCGAAGUGGUCGUAGGCGACAUACAUCGAUAUUCGAUCUCGUUGUUGGAGACGCAGUCUUUUUGAAGAUCGGAGAUCAAAUUCCGGCAGAUGGAUUGUUCUUGGAUGGAUAUUCAUUGCAGGUGGAUGAAUCAAGCAUGACGGGCGAGAGUGAUCAUGUGGAAAUAGAUGCAUGCAUGAACCCUUUCCUUUUUUCGGGUUCUAAGGUGGUCGAUGGAUACGGUCGAAUGCUCGUAGUGUCGGUCGGAAUGGACACCACAUGGGGCGAAAUGAUGAGUUCGGUAACCGGUGAUAAAAACGAACGGACGCCGCUGCAAACUCGCCUCGAUAAACUGACCUCUUCGAUCGGAAAAGUCGGUCUUGCAGUGGCAUUUCUAGUGCUUGUAGUCUUAUUAAUUCGUUAUUUCACUGGAAAUACGAAGGAUGACUAUGGCCAGACAGAGUACCGUGGUAGCAAGACCGAUGUCGACGAUGUCUUGAAUGCGAUUGUUCGCAUCGUUGCCGCUGCGGUAACGAUCGUGGUUGUGGCAAUCCCGGAAGGUCUACCACUGGCUGUCACUCUUACACUUGCUUACUCGAUGAAACGAAUGAUGGCUGAUCAAGCAAUGGUCCGAAAACUUUCGGCUUGUGAAACAAUGGGCUCGGCUACGGUCAUUUGUACCGAUAAAACCGGCACCUUGACAUUGAAUCAGAUGAAAGUUACACAGUUUUGGCUCGGGCAAGUGUCCAUUGAGGAUGAUCUUGCCAAAGGAAUUGCUCCAAAUGUUCUUGAAUUGUUCUACCAAGGAGUUGGUAGCAUCUGCGAAUCGGUAUCGGGAUCCCUUCCCGAGUUUUCGGGCAGUCCAACCGAGAAGGCAAUUCUAUCUUGGGCUGUUUUAGGCUUGUGUAUGGAUAUGGAAAAGUUGAAGCAACAAUACAGCAUUCUCCAUGUUGAAACCUUCAACUCUGAGAAAAAGCGUAGCGGGGUUUCAGUUCGGAGAAAGGCCGAUGAAUCGAUUCAUGUACACUGGAAAGGAGCUGCAGAGAUGAUUGUAGCAAUGUGUUCACAAUAUUAUGAGAGCGAGGGGAUUAGACGGGCCAUGAAUGAAGGCGAAAGGAGCAGAAUCCAAACUAUAAUCCAAGGCAUGGCAGCCAGUAGUCUACGGUGCAUUGCUUUUGCUCAUAAGCAAGUUUCGAAAGAAGAAGCGGAAGAUUAUGAUGAUCGGAACGGAAAGACACAUCAAAGAAUAAAAGAAGAUGGUUUAACGUUGCUCGGGAUCGUUGGUUUAAAGGAUCCGUGUCGGCCAGGGGUCAAGAAAGCCGUGGAAGCUUGUCAAUCUGCAGGGGUGCGCAUCAAAAUGAUUACCGGGGACAAUGUUUUCACAGCAAAGGCUAUAGCUACAGAAUGUGGAAUUCUAGGACCAGAUUACCGGGAAGGAAGCGGAGAAGUCGUAGAAGGUAUCGAGUUUCGGAGUUACACACCUGAUGAGAGACUAGAGAAGGUAGACAAGAUCCAGGUGAUGGCAAGGUCCUCUCCAUUUGACAAGCUUUUGAUGGUACAAUGCUUGAAACAGAAAGGUAAUGUGGUUGCGGUCACAGGGGACGGCACUAAUGAUGCUCCUGCACUAAAAGAAGCUGAUAUCGGGCUUUCAAUGGGCAUUCAAGGCACCGAGGUGGCCAAGGAGAGCUCGGACAUUGUCAUAUUGGAUGACAACUUCAGCUCAGUUGCCACAGUUCUACGAUGGGGCAGAUGUGUGUACAAUAACAUACAAAAGUUCAUUCAGUUUCAACUUACCGUAAACGUGGCAGCCCUCGUAAUCAACUUCAUUGCAGCGGUUUCAGCCGGUGAGGUUCCCUUGACUGCGGUUCAACUUCUAUGGGUGAACCUCAUCAUGGAUACAUUAGGUGCACUUGCCCUUGCAACGGAUAGGCCAACUAAUGAACUCAUGCACAAGCCACCAGUCGGUCGAACAGAACCCCUAAUUACGAAUAUCAUGUGGAGGAACCUCUUAGCACAAGCCCUAUACCAGAUAACUAUUCUCUUGAUCUUACAAUUCAGAGGUGAAUCGAUAUUCAAUGUGCACGAGAGGGUAAAGGACACACUUAUUUUCAAUACAUUUGUUCUAUGCCAAGUUUUUAACGAGUUCAACGCAAGGAAGUUGGAUAAACAGAAUGUUUUCGAAGGCAUACUUAAGAAUCGAUUGUUUCUCGGAAUCAUCGGAGUAACGAUCGUUCUUCAGGUCGUUAUGGUGGAGUUCUUAAAGAAGUUUGCAGAUACAGAGAAGUUGACACUAUGGCAAUGGGGAGUUUGUAUCUUACUUGCGGCAUUUUCAUGGCCGAUAGCUUGGUUUGUCAAGCUCAUACCUGUUUCGGACGCACCCUUAUUCGACAUCGUUAAGCAGGCUAUCACCUGCAGGAAACGUGCUGGGAACUUGGGAAGCUGCCUGAUGAAUCCGAAGGAGCUAAGGUCCCAUAUUAUAACACUGCAAUCAUCCGAUCCACUCACAAUCAGCAUAUAA